AUGAUUCCGAUGUUAAAAAAUCAAAGAAGUAUAUAGAUUGAAUAUUUAAUAGGGUUAUUGACAUCAAUUUAAUCGUAACGAAAAAAAGAGAUGACAAAAUAAAAUGAAUAAAAUAUGAUAUAAAAAGAAUCGUUAGAUAUAUUAGGGAAUGGAAAAUUAUAUUUGCUUUGCAUAUAUAAUGAACCAAAUAAAGAUCCAAUAACUAAUAUUGUAUUUAUUAAUGUGGAAGUCAGAGAAAGUCAAAUCCAAUUUAAAUUCAAAUACAGUUUGUGUCCAAUAAUGAAAUAGGCAGAUGUAAUGAAAUAAAUUCAAAUGACAGAUUGGGUUCAAAUCAAAGAUUAAGAGCGCUUUGAUAUGAGUCCUUAUUUGCCCGAAUAGAAUAUUUGUUAUGUACUGUGUUAUACUAGAAAAACAGAUUAUAUUCCAAUAAUAUUUAAAAGACUACGAUCCACAUCAUGAUUUAUAAGAUAUUGUAUAAUUUCUAACAUUUAGCAAAAAACAAUUAUAAAUAAUUCGAUGUAAUAAUUAUAAUUUAAAAAUAAUAAAUAGAAAAUCACCCUUAGAAUAGACCUAUACUCCUGAAAUACUUGAUUUACAUCCAUUUUGUUUAAAGAAUCAUAAAAGUAGAAAUAUAAUUAAAAUUUAUUUAAUGACAAUCAUUCCAUAAGUAAUUACUGUAUUCCAGAAGGCAUUUAGAUUUUAUAGAAGACUUAAAAUCAAUCUCUUAAUUAAAAUCUUAUUUCUUAUUAUCCAUUAAUGCAAUCUUCAUACUAAAAUAUUUGUCGAUAUUUAAACUAUUAAUAUAAGCUAUUAAAAUAAUUCUUAACUAACAAUUAAUAAAAAGUAAUCAUUUUUCCCUUAUCUUACUCCUUACUAUUAUAUUAGAGAUAAAUAAACAGCUAUCUAAACAUAAGCCUAUAGAAUAUGGUUAUGA